UCAGUGAGUCUCUCUGCUCGGUCAGAGCAGCACAGCCAUGAGCCAGCCGAGCUCCCCGUCCUCCAGACCCGCGCUGACACUACGCCCGUCCCCCUGACACACCACCAUGAAGAGGCAAAACGUGAGGACCCUCGCCCUCAUCAUCUGCACCUUCACCUACCUGAUAGUCGGCGCCGCGAUCUUCGACGCGCUGGAAUCCCAGAAGGAGACGAGCCAGAGGAGGGAGCUGGACCUGAGGAAAGCGGAGCUGCUCAAGACGUUCAACUUGUCCACGGAGGACUUUGACGAGCUGGAGAAGGUGGUGCUGCAGCUGAAGCCGCACAAAGCCGGGGUGCAGUGGAAAUUCGCCGGCUCGUUUUACUUCGCCAUCACUGUGAUCACGACUAUAGGAUAUGGCCAUGCAGCCCCCAGCACAGAUGGAGGGAAGGUGUUCUGCAUGCUCUACGCCCUCCUGGGCAUCCCUCUCACCUUGGUCAUGUUCCAGAGCGUUGGUGAGCGAAUCAACACCUUUGUCAGGUACCUGCUCCACCGCCUGAAGAAGUGCCUUGGCAUGAGGCGCACUGAGGUCUCCAUGGCCAACAUGGUAAUCAUCGGCUUCAUAUCCUGCAUGAGCACACUAUGUGUAGGUGCACUGGCCUUCUCCCACUUUGAGGGAUGGAGCUUCUUUCAUGCUUACUACUACUGCUUCAUCACGCUCACCACCAUCGGCUUCGGGGACUAUGUAGCACUGCAGAAUGAGCAGGCUUUGCAGACCAAGCCGGAGUACGUGGCCUUCAGCUUCAUCUACAUCCUGACGGGUCUGGCUGUGAUCGGAGCCUUCCUCAACUUAGCAGUGCUGCGGUUCAUGACCAUGAAUGCCGAGGAUGAGAAGCGGGAUGCUGAGCAAAGGGCUCUCCUUGCUCAUAAUGGUCAGGCAGGUGGACGCAUCCACUGUUCUGUAGAUCCGGCCUCCCCCCCUUCCACACCGUCCGCUUGCGGUGGAGGAGGCACUGUUGGAGGCAGUGGGGUAGGGGCAGCGAGCCGGGGUCUACGUAAUGUUUACGCCGAGGUGCUCCACUUCCAAUCCAUGUGCUCCUGCCUUUGGUACAAGAGUAGAGAGAAGCUGCAGUACUCCAUCCCUAUGAUCAUCCCACGUGACCUCUCCACUUCGGACACGUACAUGGAGCAGGGAGAGGCUUUUUCCAACCCCCUGCACUCUAAUGGCUGCGUGUGCACCCUGCAGCGUCACUCGGGCAUCAGCUCAGUUUCCACUGGUCUGCACAGCAUCAACACCUACAGAAGACUCAAUAAGCGCAGAAGCUCCAUCUAAACCAGGAGGACUUGAUGUGUCAAGGUCAAGUCCCCCUAGUGUGCACCACAUUUCUACUGUGGCACCAGAUCAGCUGGGGACAGGACUUCAGUCCUGGAGAAACAUCUUACUCCUGAUGUUUGUUUUUCUGGCACUGGACAGCUUGGUGCUGCAGCCUUCAGACUCCAGUCGUGUCUUUGACUUCCAUUAGCUAAGCACAAAACAUUUAGGACUAACAUCAUUGCAGAUGUCAAUGAAAAAUAUUGCUAUUGGUUGUUUAAGGAACAUUCAUUAUACAAACUCUGAAGCUGUAGAAGAUGGGGGGAAAAAACACACGCGGUUCUCUCUGCAUAUCACAAUACUGAAUUCAGUGUUUCCUUUGUUCUUAAGGCAGAAUUUCAAGCUCUAACAUGAAAAGAGACAAAGUACACUGUGAGAUAUGGGGGGUGUAUGAACAGUAUAUAAUGCCCCUCUAAAGAAUAUUUUAUUGAAUGAUCUUAAAUCCACUUUUUCCAAAAAACUGUCUGAAAGGAAUCUUUGGUGGGAAAUGUUAACAUACUCUUCAGUGACAUUAAAAUGUGUAUAUAGUUGAACACUUCACUCAAAAGAGUUAUUGAGGGAAAGCCUAUUUUUUCAGUGACAGUUUUCAAAAAUGUUUUCAAUGUCUUCUGUUGUGUGUCUGUAACUAAUGUUCAGGUUUGAAGCCAAACUUUCUGAUUUGUGUCAUCUUUUUUUCUCCUUCUGUAGGAAAACUCAUAUUUACGGCAUUAAGAUGACUGAUUGUUUUGAUUGAGAAUGAUUGAGGAGGUUUGGCUUAAAUGUCUUGCUGAAGGAUGGGACACUUGGUACUGUUGUGGCGGUCAAACUUGUGACAGUGUCUGUAACCACUAGGCGUCCCUGCCAACCCUUUCAGACCUCACUGUUGUAUUUUGUACAAAUCGCUAUGAAGUUAUUUUUCAUGGUUUCUUCCUGUACAUCUUAUUUCUUGUCGCUCGUCAUAUGUUUUCACAUAGCACAACUAUAUUCUGAUAGUUUAACUAAGAGCAUGUAAGCUCACUUUGUGCAUAGUAGAGAGUCAUAUCUUAUUCACUGCUGCACCUUAGAAGACUGUUGUAUAUGCUUUAGGACACUGGAAUUCAGUGCACUAUUUUACGAUUUCUUUUUAUUUAAUGGUUUCACAAUAUGUUUUGUUAUGUAAAUGACAUGCCCUAAAUAAUUCUUUCUUGUGUUAUUAGUCUGACAUGUUUGACUUGAUGCUCUGUGUUAUUAAUGAUGGAGAAUAAUAGCAGUACACCUCACUAAUAAAUGGCCUCAGAGUUUGCACCUCAUGCACUUAGGGGGUCUUUGCUCCAUCCCCACCUAAACACACUUGACUCAACCAACUGAGGUCUUUAUGCAGUUUUUGUUCUUGUUUCAGACCUUUAAAUGAGUUUUAUUAAAUAGUCUUUAUUUUAUUUUAUUUUUGUAGUUUUACUUUACAAUGUAUCUGUAUUUUAGUCAUAUCACAUUAAUUUCUGUCGCAUUUUCAUCCUUUUUUCUACUGGAACAUAUUUACUUACUUAUUAACGGUCUGUUAAAGUUGUACAGCAUCUCACAUGAGGUAAAAGAGGGACUGCAGUUGGCUUUGUGUGUGGCUAUAUACAUUUACGGUAUGUUUUUUCUUUAAUCAUAAUAAAACAUGAUUUAAAUAGUUCGUUCAUUUGAGUGUCAACUGGUCUAAUAAUUUUGAUCUUGUCAUUAAUAAUGAAAUACGUAUUACCUCACUUAACCCAUGGUUACUUUCCAAAGGAAAAGAAACAAAAAAAGACAGAUACGAUGGAAAAGUAGUUCACAACUGCAGUAAAUUGUACAAAGGUACAACUCGGCAAGAGAAGAUAUUACCAGUCCGCUCAAUUCUAGCUGUGUACCAAAAAGUUA